AUGCAUCAUUGGGGCAUGACGCGGCCAGUGUUCAAGUCGGUGCUGCUACUUGCAGCCGCCGUCUCGGGCGACGUGACAUUUGUCAGACCAGGGCCAGGCGUCCCUAACUCGACGGACACGACAACAUCCAACGCUGUUCACCCCCUGGGCACGUAUUUCCACAUCGCCUGGUCAGGAACGAAUCAGUCAAGGCUCGUCUCUGUAGUGCUAUUCCAAACCGACGGGCUUGAUUUGGAAUAUCCAUUUGAAUAUGUUGUUCAGACUCUUACCGGCGAGACCUCAUUCGACUGGACAGUCAGAACCGGCCAGAAUCUUUCCUUUUCGAAUUUGUUCCUCCUCAGCCUCUUCUACGACGGAGAGAACCGCCCAGCAGCCUUCAGCGAGACCUUCAACAUCACUGAUGUCUCCCCGGUCUUAAGUGCCUCUACCAGCUCCACGAGUUCCACGAGCUCCACGGGCUCCACGGGCUCUACGAGUUUCGCAAGUUCGACAAGUUCGACGAGCUCCAUUUCUGCGGCCAGUGCCGCAACUCCUAAAGCCUCCAGCACAGCGACUUCCGAUGACAGCAGCGCCAGCGGCUUACCUGUUGGUGUCAAAGCCGGCAUCAGCGUUGCCGUGCUUGUGGUAGCCCUACUUGGAAUCGCCGCUGGCGAGUUGUUCUUCAGACAUCGGGCGAACAAACAACAGCAUCCUGCUACACUGCCUGCCCCCGCACCGUUCCCUCGCGAGCAGAAACCGGAGGACCCCAUCCAGAAACACUAUCUUUAUGAGAUGGCCAACUCUUAUGAGAUGGACGCUCAUUAUGGGGGUCAACGCAUGCCACACGAGUUAGAUUCCGGCGCCCAGCACUCCUUGGUGCCACAGGAGCUCUACGGUGACUCGGCGAGACAAUGA